UUUUGGACUGGAAAUUCUAUUAUUUCAGUAGAAAAUUGUGCGCUCAACUCUACAAAGGAAUCAGUAUAAUUUUGGACCUGACUUGGACUGGUUGGGAUAAGUUACGAACGGUCGCAGAUACUCGAGGAAUAAUUUACAAAAGGGGAGACUUGAGCAUAAGCUCUUAUGUGCAAGCAAUGGACGAUCUACUGUUUUUAAAAAAUACGACAGAUACGGCCUUGAUUUUCGAGAAUGAGAAGGAACUGAAUGAAACCCUUUACUACCUGAUUGGUAACUCGAUUAUCAGACUCGUCGUCAUUGAGGACUUCUCUCCAAAAACUGUGGAAAGCAUCGCCAAUAUGAGACCUUUGCCUUCCUAUUACGUGAUUUACGCUGGGACCGAAAAAAUGGAAGAUCUAUUCAAAACAGCGAUUGAAGGUGGAUUAGUGAAACGAGAUGGAAUUUGGAACCUCGUCUUUACUGAUUUCAAGCACAAAAAUUUUCGGUACAGUUCGGGAGAAUACGGGGAAGGGUUAAAUUCCUCUGUUACAGUUUUGAAAAUGAAUGAUGAAGUAUGUUGUCGAUUAAUCAUAGAUGUGCCUUGCGUUUGUCCUCUCGAAACUCAGAUUUCCUACCUGUAUUUUCGGCGCCUUAUUGAGUUAGUAGUCAAAGUUAUAAGUGAUGUUAAUAAACAAGGUCAUUUGGAACCACCAAAAACUGGAAGUUGUGACAAUAAAAGUGCAGCGCCAUCCGAAAUCAGUAAUUCUAGCAUCGUCACAUUUGAUAAUAAUCUCUUAACUACUUUGGCAGCAAACAAUACAUUUGAAUACUUAUCGGAGAAAUCGCUGAUCAUUUACCGAGCAGAAAUUGAAAUACAAAUUAUGAAUAAAGGAGGUUUGAAAAAAAUUGCUGAUUGGAACAAGCAGGAUAAGAUUCGUGUCGUCCCUGGUGAAACAAUCGUCGCUGCAAAACGAUAUUUUCGCGUUGGAACCGCUAUGGCGGUGCCUUGGUCACUCCCAGUGGAAGACGAACACGGAAAAAUUAAGUGGACAGGAUACUGCAUCGAUUUAAUAAAAAAACUUGCCCAAGAUAUGGACUUUACUUACGAUCUUGUAAUUCCUAAAGAUGGAGAAUUUGGCUCAAAAUUGAAAAAUGGAGAGUGGAGUGGACUCGUUGGCGAUUUAGCAACAGGGGAAACUGAUAUUGCUGUUGCAGCCUUGACGAUGACAUCCGAACGGGAAGAAGUCAUCGAUUUUGUUGCUCCCUAUUUUGAACAAUCAGGAAUUUUAAUCGUCAUGCGAAAGACAGAACGAGAAACGUCUCUUUUCAAAUUCAUGACUGUUCUGAGGCUGGAAGUCUGGCUUAGUAUAGUUGGGGCACUAACUUUGACUGGAAUAAUGAUCUGGCUUUUGGAUAAAUAUUCACCCUAUAGUGCCAGAAACAACAAGAAACUUUAUCCAUACCCAUGCAGAAAAUUCACACUAAAGGAAAGUUUCUGGUUCGCGUUGACUUCGUUUACACCGCAGGGUGGUGGGGAGGCACCAAAAGCUCUUUCCAGCAGAACGUUAGUCGCUGCCUAUUGGCUGUUUGUCGUUUUAAUGUUGGCAACAUUUACAGCAAAUUUAGCUGCUUUUCUAACGGUCGAAAGAAUGCAGUCACCUGUACAAUCUUUGGAACAGUUGGCCCGUCAGUCUCGAAUAAAUUAUACUGUUUUAAAUAACUCGAGCAUACAUCAAUACUUCAUAAACAUGAAAAAUGCUGAAGACAAACUUUACAAUGUAUGGAAAGAACUGACUUUGAAUAGUACAAGCGAUCAAGUUGAGUACAGAGUUUGGGAUUAUCCAAUAAAAGAACAAUAUGGUCACAUUCUGCAAGCAAUUACGCAAGUUGGACCAGUAAAUACUACUGAAGAAGGCUUCAAUAAAGUACUAGAGAGUAAAGAAUCAGUAUUUGCAUUUAUUCACGAUUCACAAGAAAUAAGAUACAGAGUAACACUAAACUGCAGCUUAACGGAAGUAGGAGAAGUUUUUGCAGAACAACCUUACGCUAUCGCUGUGCAACAAGGAAGUCAUUUACAAGAAGAAAUUAGCCGAAGAAUUCUGGAUUUGCAAAAGGAUCGGUUUUUCGAGAGUCUGAAUUUCAAAUAUUGGAAUCAAACUCUCAAAAGACAAUGUGCAAACUCAGAUGACAAUGAAGGAAUCACCUUGGAAAGUUUAGGUGGAGUUUUCAUUGCAACUUUGGUCGGGCUCGCCCUCGCAAUGAUCACAUUAGCAGGUGAGGUGAUGUAUUACAAAAAGCGAAGCAAGACUCAAGAUUUCAAGCAGAAAGACGUCGGAGGCUUGCAAAUAAGCGAAAGGGAUUUGAUAAAAUUUUCAAAACAACAAUUUCCCGAAAAGUUGCCUUUUAAAGCAGCACCUAUAAUCGCUUUCGGUGAAAAGCCUCCUGGACCAAGACCUCGAGUAUCACACAUAUCAGUUUACCCAAGACCAUUUCCUUUCAAGGAGUGAUAGUUCGACUUUAAGUGGUUCAGAAUUCAAAUUUAUGAUCUCAAAAUUUUUUUAUACCAUUUUCCUACUCUUAACAUAAUUUUAUGAAGUAUGUACGAUACUUAAUUUAAAGCAAUUUAUAGAUAUACGAAGUCUCAGAAAAGUAUGAAAAUAAGUUUUUGACUACGGCCUCAAGAAUUUAUCAAAAAUGGUUUCACAGGCGGACUUAAAUUUUGUAUAUAUUCAUUCAUGUCUGUCUCUCUGUCUCUUUCAUCCCCCUUUCGCCCCUACAGCACUAACCCUUACUUUCCUUUUUCACCCCCAACCCUCUAAAUGAAUCUGCUCACUCCUUUACCAAAUUCUCCUACAUACCCCUAAAUGUAAAUCUUUUCCCUCAACCCCACCUUUUUUCACCACAUCCGCCCUUUCCUAUUUAACCCUCACGCUAAUCACUCUAUUCUCCGUAUACAAUUUUAUACCUCUUGCCUCCCGAUACCCUUAAGCUCCUAUUUGUUCUCAUAAAUCCCUACCUAUAUUUUUGUACCACGGGCCUGCCCCAUCUCUUAUCUCUUUAUUGCUAUUCCGUAUCCUCUUCUCCACAAAACAUACCUCUCUUCAUCUUACCCCUUGCUGAACGUUAACCGUAGAUUCUCUUUACCCCAAGUCCAAAUACAUCCCAUAACCCCUUACCAAUGCCAUAUCCUACCUUCGCCCUCCUCACCACUUCUACGCAAUGGUGUUCUAGAAAACCCAAUGUUUUUAUUGGAUCAAGCAACCCCUAAACUUUUUCCGAAAUUAUUAUGGCAAUUAAUGUUGAUUUUCAUAAAAAUAAGUGUUUUGCACGAAAUACAAAUAAUGGUACCAUACUCCGACAAAAAGAACUUGACACAAUUAGAACAAAACUACUACCCACAAGUGUAAAAAUCUACCUUUUAUAGAAAUGGAAAUUUAAAAUUAUGCAUUUUGAAAAUGUCACGCCUGAUUUUCUGGAUAUUUUAUUAUAUUAUGAAAAUGUCUUGGUACGAUAUAAGUAUAUCAUAUUUUAACAUUUAUCUCCUAUAAAGGAAGUUUUUCAUAGUUCUUUACCAAAUAGAAUAAGUUUAGGGGAUGCGUGGUCAAAACAAAAGAAAAUUGAGUUUUUUUAAGAUAUCCUACUCUCCAUGCUUACAAAUGAAUUCAAAAUUAUUCACUUAAAUAAAAAUUAGAGACAAUUGCACAUGUAUAUAUGUGUAAGAGAUAUAAAAGAUUUUACAUAUUUUAAAUUG